AUGUCACCAAUUAGAAAUAAAAUAAACCAAAGAUCUAAAAAACAACAAGAACUUGACCCAAAAGAUAUGCCAGAAACUGCAUUUAUUAUUUUCUUUUCUUUUAAAUAUAAAGAGGCAUUAGAUUAUGAUUUGGAAGAAGCACUUUGUAAAAACGAAAGAGAUGAAAUUUUGGAGAAAUUAUUAUUAUAUUUCCUAAAGAAUCUAAAGAAUCAAGACAAACUUAUCAAUCCAAUUUCUUUACAUAAAGAAUUAGUAAGUCAUAUUGAUAACAUUAUACGAGAAGAUAAAGGUUUUUAUACCAGAGUCAAUCCUUUAAAAAAUGUUGAAAAUUUUUAUAAAUUAUCAGUUCGUGACAAGGUUCUAAUAUUGAAGGAUAUGGUGAUUAAACAAUUUUAUGUUUCCACAAAAAUUAAAGAACUUGUCAAAAAAAAAUAUCCAAUGAGUAAAGGAAAUGAUAGUAUUCCAUUUGAUGUUGAGAAAAUAGGAUCAGAUUCCGAUGGUUCUAAAUAUUAUUAUGUUGGAAUUGGAUCUAGGAUUUAUAAAGAAUCUAUUGUAAAUGAUAAUGUUUUAUGGAGUGUCGAUACAAGUAUAGAAAAAAAUGAUUUAAAACCCAUUAAUUCUCCAAAAAGAAUAAGAAUAAAAACCGGAACCAAUAAUAAUAUUUUGCAAAAUAAAGAACCAGUAGUAAUAGCACCGGUGGUAGUAGUUGGUUCAUCUGAUAGAAAAAUUUAUAUACCUAACAGUAUUGAAUUACAAAAACUUGAAUGGUCACUCAAUCAUCGAUUUUUUCUUGAGGAGGAAGCAAAAUAUGAUGAAUCAGAAAAUACUGAUGCGGAUUUAUCAUCAUAA